AUGUCACUUCUUUUGCCUUGGGAAACUGGGAUUUACGCCGAAAUUUUUGGCACUGGUUCUACCUUGCAAAUGCCUUCAAGUCAUUUGCCUGAGCCGGACAGUGAACUCAUGAACAAGGUCAUCACGGCGUCAGAGGCCUUAGUUGACGAACCUGUGCUACCGACUGAUGCAUGUUUUCACAAAGCAGUGCGAAACAUUCAGGAUCUUGAUUAUUUCCAAAACAAAAACAGACAGCUUGAACUUGCCUGCGGUCAAUGGUUGGAACUCCUCUCAUGCAGUUGGUUUGCAUCUGGAGUUGGUGAGAUGUUAGCAAGAGAUAUGCAGAAGGAUUCAAGCGGCAAGUUGGCAAAUGAGACGCUGCAGGCUUCGUUUGGCACCAAGAGCCCACAGACACUGUUGAAGAGAGCUGCAAGUCUGCGUAGGUAUUUCAAGUGGCAUGCGUGUGAGCGUUCAGAUGCUGGUGAGAUUCAUGUGAGUCCUCUCCCGCUGUCCGAGCCUGAUGUCUGGGAGUUUUUCAACUGGCUUAAAGCAUGCAGGCUGAGCUCUGGAAGGGGUUUCACAAAUCAAGCUGCCUUUUUGGAGACAGUGCGUUUUGCAAAAUUUUGUUUGGAUCUACGUGAGACUGAUUGCAUCCUUCAAUCCAGAAGGCUGCUGGGCUUUGCUGCAAUUCAAAGGUUGCAGAAGGGCCCCACGAAGCAGGCUCCACCUCUUGAGCUAGCUCAUUUGCAGAGGCUUCAUGAAAUACUGGAAACUGCAGCAUGUGACACUGACCGUCUGGGAGCAGCAGUGAUGUUGAUUUGCGUUUAUGGUAGGGCAAGGUGGUCAGACUUGCGCUACAUCCACCAUGUGACAAUCGAAGAAGGCCGCAAUGGGUUUUUGACGUUGUAUACAACUGAGCACAAGACAUCAGCGGUUGGGGCGAGGCGUGAACAAUACCUGCCGCUGGUCAUUCCAUGGAUGGGUGUGACGCACAAUGAAUGGGUACGCACUUUCCUGGAUGUGUAUGCCCAAGUUGGAUUGGAUAUCAACAGGGUGCCAUUGGGACCUUUGAUGCCAGCUCCCAAGCAAGGAGGCGGUUUUGGGGCCCGACCCCUCAGCACCCCAGAAGCCGCUGAGUGGUUGAGGCUUCUUUUGAAAGGGACGGCAGAGCAUGAAACCUUUCGUGCACACUCUCUCAAGACGACCUUGCUGGUGUGGUCAGCGAAGGCGGGGCUCGACAAGGAGGUGAGGGCUGUGCUGGGGCAUCACGCCUCAGCCCUGCAGGGUUCGGAGGUGGUUUACAGCCGGCACCUCCAGACCCGGGCCUUGAGGAAGCUCAACAUGUUGCUGCACCGGGUCAGGAUUGGACUGGGAUUGGAAGAAGAUCCCAUGGUGCCCAAUCCCUAUGCAACACCUGCAAUGAGGACUCCCGCUCCAGCCACUGUCAUGGCGCCGAUGCCAGCGACACCUUUCCCUCCAUUGCCUCCUCCUGACCUGACAGUUGGACCUGUGGCAGCAGCCAUUGAUGCCAUGCAUGUCGCUGAAGACUUGGAGAGCGUCAAGGAGGAGCUUAUGGAUGAGGCACAGAUUGCUGCAGAGGCGGAACGGGUGUCUCUGUUUGACCUGAGCUUGGUUAACAGUGGCAUUGUGGAGAUUGACAGCUCUUCUGGCAGUGGAAGUUCAUCUGAUAGCUCGUCGGAUGAGUCAGAUGGGCCUGCAGUUGCAAAGCCAGAUGCUGAUGCGUUUGUUGAACAUGUGCCUGAAGGAAUUGAGUUUUUCAAGCACAAGAAGAGUGCCAUAGUUCAUCGUGUGAAGAUCAACUCAAAAGUUGAAAAAGUUUUGAGGGCUGCUGAGCAACGGCUCAUUGGCAUUUUCCGAGUUCAGUUUCAUGCAAAGGCAUCAUUUUGUGUCGAUUCAUUGACAAAGAUUGCCUUUGUUUUAGGACAACCAGGGCAACCCAUCUUGAACCAGGACGUUGAUGAUUUCUUGCAACGCACUUUGGGUAGGGCCGGAACACUUGCGGAAUCCAGUGCUGUGAAACGUUUGACAUUCGAGGCUCACACUUACCUUGUGGCUUCAUUGAGGCAGCAGGUGGAUCAAUCUGAGGACAGUCAGCCGCGCCGUGUGGCAUUUGCUGAGCGCACGCAGCGCAUGGAGGCCCUACGUUUGGAGCUGAGAGGAAUUGAAAUCAGUGGGGAACUUGAGCCUGCGCAUUCCCUGCUUGAUAAGACUUGCAAGAUGUUUGAAGAUAACUCCAUCAAGUGGCUGGAACCUUCAACUUGCAUUUCACGUAGCAUGGAGGUACAGGGGACAAGCAAGUCACGAGAGCUCACAUUAGAGAAAGGUGCCCUGAUUUUGAAGCAGGACGAAAAGGCAACGUGCUCAACAGAUUCAGAGAUCAAGUUGCACUACGCUCUUACACGAAACCAGAAGGUGCCAAGAGAUUUGAAAGGGUAUCACAUAGAGCAGUUAUUCAUGAUUGAAGUGUUUGCUGGUGGUGCUGUUUUGACAUCUGUGGCGAAGCAUUUUGGUUUGGGUGGCAUUGCAAUCGACAAAAUUAGGAAGUCCAACGCCCGCUGUACAAUUUACCAGUUGGACCUUUUGCAGCAAGCGGACCGAGAGCUUCUUGAGGAAUGGCUCUCUUCGCCAUUACUUCUGUGGGUGCAUUUUGCACCGGUGUGUGGAACUGCAAGUCGGGCUCGUGAGAUACCGCAGCCUGGCGUUGCCAAUUUGCCUCGACCUUUGCGAUCGCUUGAUUUUCCUUUAGGUCUACCUGACUUAACUGGUGAAGAACUCAAAAGGGUUGAGCUUGCAAAUGCACUGUUUCUUUACACCUGCCUUUUGUUUGCACAGUGCAUUCGAAGGAAUGUGCUUGCCACGAUGGAAAACCUUCGAGGAUCAUAUUUUUGGCUCACGCCUUAUGUGUUGGAUUUGCAGCGGAUUUACCCGCUUUAUGCUACAGAUUUUCAAGCUUGCAUGUAUGGUUCCUUGCGUGACAAGUGGACGCGAGUGAUGGCCUCACUCCCAGAAAUUACAAGCCUUGACAUGGCAUGUGACAGAAAGCACAAACAUUUGGGUUGGGGCUUUACUUUGAAUGCGGCAGGCCAAAAAGUUUGGGCCACAGCUGAAGAAUCACAGUACCCGAGAAAGCUCUGCAUAGCUUUGGUACAAUUGGUGCUACAGGUUGCGCACAGUUGGGGAGUCACUUUGAAGCCCAACUGCCUACAAGACAUCUCUGACCACCCUUUGCUGACAGCAAAACAAUCACAAGUUGCUGCAGGACUUCAACCAAAGACCUCAAAGUUGCCUCCAAUUGUACCAGAUUUUCAGCAGUCGGCAGUUUUUCUUGCCGAGGGCCCUGCAGCUAUACCCUGCUCAUUGAUGGCUAGGCUGCCGCAUGACCUUUCCUUGCGGACUGAGGAGCACCAGCCUGCACUGGUGCCAAAAGGCUCACGUUUUUUGCGUGGUCAUUUUGUGAGCGGCGACGACAAUGGGGGUAGUGAAGAGCCUCCACAAAAUAAGAGGCGACUGGAAGAUGGAACUGCCCACGACAAAGAUGCGUGGGCCUACAAAGUGGUUUUUGGGUUGCCAUGGAGCUGUGAGCAAUUCAUUGAGCGGGCUUGCAAGUCUGGCCACCCAGCGGCACAGAACCAAGCAGUGCCACUUGAUUUACGGGUGGCGAUUCAAAAACACCUGGAAUGGUCAGAACAUGCAUUGGUGGAAUACCGGAUGCAAUGGUGUCGCAAAUGGCUCAAAAGAGCCAAGGAGCUUGAAGAUGCUGAAAGACGAGAUGCUGCAACGAGGCCUGCACAUGUGCAGGCAACAACUAGCAACAAACGUUUGCUCCUGACUCAGGAGAUGCUUGACAGUGUGGGUUAUGAGGAUGACAGAGUGCUUGACUUGUUGCGAGAGGGCUCCCCAUUGGCAGGAGAGAUUCCUAGCUCGCCAAUGUUCAAGGAGUGCUACAAGCCGUGCCUUUUGACCCUGCCGCAACUUUUGCGAGAGGUCGGCGUUCAGCCGUUUGAUGGCGCCGACGUCAAGGACGACCGGGUGCGAUGA